AUGCUGACAACACCGGUGGCAGCUACAGCACCAGCAUCAGCACCAGCGAUGCCUACUCUGGUGGCAGGGAGAAAAGAGAGACAGGCUCCAGCACAUAGCCGAGGCAGAGCCAAGGGCACCCAAGAUGAGACUGGCCCUUCAGAGCCCAUUCUAAGCGAUGAUGAGGCUGAGACUAGCGAGGCCGAGGAGGUAGCGAGUCAGCAUGCUGAGUCAUCCGAGAGUGGUGACGACGACACUGGCUCAGGUUCUGAGAGUAUGAGUGCUAAAGCUAAGGAGGGCUCUGAGGCGGAGAGCGGAGAUGGCUCCAGUUCAGACUCUAAUCCUGAUUUAGACAGUGGCGUCGAUGGAGACAAUACCGCAGAGUCCUCUCCUUUGAAGAAGAGACGAAGAGGACUUCUCGAGCCUAAGACAACCAGUGCUGAUUUUCUAUAG